UCCCACAAGAGGUAAACCUGUCAUUUUCUUAACAGGCAGACAGUAGAUGCCAGUCACUGUCAAUCUGCUGCAGUUGAUAGCUUUCCUUUCAUACAAGAAUAAAAUCUCUCAAAUUCCAACAAGCAAAAAUCCUAGAAACUAAAAAGAAAGGAUAAAUGUAAGAAAAAAAAGAGUUAAUGCAUUUAGUCAGAUCAAUGACUGCCUAACUGCCUCCUCUAAUACUGCCUACAAUUCUCUUCCCUGUUGCUUGUUUCUGCCAUUUAACAUAAAGGAAAACAGAGAAAGAAACAAUGGCAGUUGGAGGCGCUGCUAAAGUUGGUGUGUUCGCACCAUUUCCUGUCAAAGACCAGCUCCCUGGCGUUGAUUUCUGUGUCUCCAGCUCUCCUUCUUGGCCUGAAGCAAUACUACUAGGUUUUCAGCAUUACCUAGUGAUGCUCGGGACUACUGUGAUCAUUCCUUCCAUAUUCGUUCUUUUGAUUAGCCGUUUCAAUGUGGAGAAGGCUGAGAUGAUUAACACGCUGCUCUUUGUUGCGGGUAUAAACUCUCUAUUGCAGACAUGGUUCGGCACUCGGCUUCCUGUGGUCAUUGGAGGAUCCUAUGCUUUUAGCAUCCCCACAAUAACCAUUUCUUUAUCUACUAACAAUAGCACUAAUGUCAUAUUUCUUACUCCACGUCAGCUGGCAAAAUGUGUUGAAAUUGGAAUCCUGGCACUCCUUUUCGUGGUCUUCAUAUCUCAGUUUGUUCCUCACAUGAUGAAAUCAAGGAGCACCAUAUGCAGUCGGUUUGCAGUUCUGUUUGCCAUUGCAGUUGUAUGGGCAUAUGCCGCAGUUUUGACUGUGGCUGGUGCAUAUAAUAAUAAGCAUCCAGACACACAACUUAGCUCUCGUGUUGAUCGUGCUGGGCUCAUUAGUGCUGCUCCUUGGAUAAAGGUUCCAUAUCCAUUUCAAUGGGGACGUCCCACUUUUGACGCUGGUGAUGUUUUUGCGAUGAUGGCUGCUUGUUUUGUUGCUAUAGUUGAGUCUACUGGUACAAUUAUUGAGGUAUCAAGAUAUGGGAGUGCCACUCCUCUGCCUCCUUCUGUACUCAGCCGUGGUAUUGGAUGGCUGUGAAAAUGCAGGUCUUUUGGGAUUAACACGAGUUGGAAGUCGGAGAGUUGUUCAAAUAUCAGCGGGCUUCAUGCUUUUCUUUUCUGUGAAAAUUCGGGACUGUUCUUGCUUCCCAUACCAUUGCCAAUUGUGGCAGCUCUUUACUGUGUCCUCUUUGCCUAUGCGGCUUCUGCUGGUCUGGGAUUUCUCCAGUUCUGCAACUCAAUAGCUUCAGAACAAAGUUCAUCCUUGGCUUUUCUCUCUUCUUGGGCCUUCCUGUGCCACAGUACUUCAAGGAAUACCUUUUGGUUUCUGGUCGUGGCCCUGUCCACACCGGUGCCACCUGGUUACAAAUGUUUGAAUUGCAUCUGAUCUUAUAGCAUAAUCGUUGUUCAAUAAAUUUAUUAAGAGAUUUGUAUUUUGAUGAAGUUGUUCUGAUUUCUUCAGUUCAACGACAUAAUGCAAUUGAUCUUCUCCUCUCCAGCAACAGUGGCAAUUUUAGUUGCUUGUUUCUUGGACUGCACUCACAGUCUGGCGCACAGCACAACCCGCCGAGACAGUGGCAGGCACUGGUGGGAGAGGUUCAGAUAUUUUAGUGGCAGGCACUGGUGGGAGAGGAGUUCUAUACACUACCGUGGAAUCAAAACAGGUUUUUCCCUUCAUUCUAAUUUUGGAGCUCUUCCUUGCCAUCAAAGAAAAGCUGAAAAGAAGUGAAAAUAAACAAAAUUCUGAAUUUGUUGCACUCCUAGUAGCGUGUUUGAGAGUGUGGUUGCGGUUAUUUUUCAAAGUGUUUUUUACUCGGAAAUGUAUCAAAGUAAUAUUUUUUUUUAUAUCGGCGCAUCAAAAUGAUUUAAAAACAUCAAAAAAAUAUUAAUUUGAAGUAAAGAAAAAAAUAAAAAAUUUUUAAGUUUUUUCAAAAGUGUUUUUGAAAUGCAAAAACAAGCAGGACCUGCGUAAUGUUAUAUAUCAAAAUGAGAAUUACAUUGUAUAGGAAUAGUUAAGCCAGACACACCAACUUGGUAGUCUAAACUUGUGAUUGCAAUAUUAUUUAUAAAUAUCAAGUGCAAACAGUAAUGAUCUUUGAAAAAUUUACCGCAGAUAGAAUUUUAUUCACGAUAAACAAGUAACAAAGGGAACCUAAUUCAUGUGCCUUUAUAAGAAAUUGAUGGUAGCUUUAUUAAGCAUUCUCGAAGAUAAUGCAUGUCAUAUUUUUAAUUUUAGCUUGUGAUGAACCUUUUUAUCUCGCUUCUUUUAUGAGAAUAAGAAUCUGUCGUGCUUUGUGAAUUGGCCUUUUUGAUUGCCAAGGAUUUCUUUUCUUUUUAUUUUAUUUGGAUGAACCUAACAUCUGUUUUUCCUACAGAUGUUAGAAUGCAAUUCACCAUAGCUAAAUUCUUUUACAGCAGGUUUUUAUGUAGCUUUGUGUGAGAGCUGGUGUUGUAAUUUCUCAAAAAUCACUUUUGAAGGUGUAUGAAAUAGAAUUUAGUCUCAAUCAGAUGCUCUUUUUUUC